AUGUCGAUUGCCAUUGUUCAAGCUAGGCACAUCUUUGGCCUCAAGUCUGGGGUCUCUGGGAAUGUCUGCUUCCAUGAUGAGCAGACUAUUGUGUACCCAGCUGGCUCCAACUGCAUUAUCUACAAUAUUGAUCAGAAGUCACAAAGAUUCAUUCCAAGCACUGAUAAAAGUGAAGGAAUGACAGCUCUUGCGGUCAGUCCAAACCGAAGAUAUGUUGCCAUUGCUGAGAAAGGGGAGAAACCAACAGUCACAAUUUAUGAUCUUCAUUCACUGCGUAAGAAAAAGGCCCUCAGCAGUAAUGAAAUGUCUUCAGGAGAAUACGUUAGUGUGGCUUUCUCUCCGGACUCCAAAUAUCUAGUAACACAGGGAGGGAAGCCUGACUGGACACUGCUGUACUGGACAUGGGAGAAAUCUAAAGUCAUGGCUUCAGUCAAAUCUUCUAAUCCUCAAAAUCCAAAUUCUGAAGUUUAUCAGGUCAGCUUCAAUCCUCAAGACAACACCCAGCUCUGUGUGUCUGGUAACACAGUUUUCAGGUUCUUCCGCUACAGUGAGGGAAAUCUGAAACCUUUCAACUUCCAGAAGGUGGAGCCACAGAACUAUCUUUGCCAUGCCUGGGUGUCAGAUGAUCGAAUACUUGUUGGUACAGACAAUGGUCAUUUACUGUUGUUUGAAGCUGGAGAGGUUAAGCAAGAAUUUAACCUAGGGCAUUCUGGUGAAAGAUCAACAAUUGAUGGCGAGCUUGAUCUGCAAGUAACUGCCCUGGUGACCUUCUCCAAAGGAUUUGCUUGUGCUUUUGGGAUGGGUACGGUCUACAUGUAUGAGAAAACUGAAGACAAAGAUACGUAUAGGAAAACUAGAGAAAUCAAGAUUCCUCCAGAUCCCUGGAAUAGUCAGGAUCCCUAUCUUGCCCAGAAGCAGAUUUUUAGAUGUUUGGCUGUAAGUCCUUCUGAAGAGACAAUGGUGGGCAGCACCGAUCAAGGUCAGCUGUAUUACCUGACUCUGUCUGGAGCUGAACUUGGCAAGGGAGACCAAGCUAACUUUGAAAUUCUGUCACAAAUGUUCCACACUUCACCAAUUACCGGCCUUGACGUCUGCAUUAGAAAACCUCUCAUUGCGACAUGCUCCACUGAUCACGCAGUCAUGAUCUGGAACUACGAAACAUGUAACUUGGAACUGUAUAAAGUGUUUCCCGAGGAGGCUUACAGUAUUGCUCUACACCCUUCUGGUCUGUACAUUCUGGUAGGCUUCAAUGACAAGCUUCGGCUAAUGAACCUACUCAUUGAUGACAUUAAACCUUUCAAGGAGUUCACUGUGAGAGGCUGCCGUGAGUGUGCAUUCAGCAAUGGUGGACAUUUGUUUGCCUCUGUGAUGGGCAAUGUUAUACAAAUAUACUCCACUACAACUUUUGAGAAUGUCAACAAUCUAAAAGGUCAUAAUGGAAAAGUCAAAGCUGUGGUGUGGAGUGCAGAUGACAGCAAACUGAUAUCCUGCGGCAUGGACGGGGCUGUUUAUGAGUGGGAUACAUUUACGGGCAAGCGAACCAAUGAAAGUGUGUGGAAGUCGUGCGCUUAUACCAGCGUCACAGUUACUCCUGAUGCAAAAUCCACUUUUGCAGUUGGAUCUGAUAGAACUCUGAAAGAAAUUGCUGAUUCACAGAUCUUGCGAGAAGUACCAGCCGGAGACAUGAUACUCACUGUAGUGGCUUUGUCUCAUUCGGGUCGGAUGCUUUUUGCUGGUACCGUGAAGGGCACAAUUUGGUCAAUGAAAUAUCCAUUGGCAGUACCUGGCGAUUGGACAGAGCAUCAUGGUCAUGGAGCGGCUGUUGUAAAGAUGAAAAUUACCUAUGAUGACCAGUACUUAGUGAGCAUUGGUGAAGAUGCAUCGGUCAUCCUAUGGAAGAUACAAGACAAGGAAGGCCGUGGUCUGAAGAGAGACAAGGAGAUUGGCUGGGCUGAAGAGAUUCUUGUCACCAAAAAUGAUCUUGAGGAAAAGAACUCAACAUUGGCUGAUCUGAACUCUCGGGUUGAAGAGCUGAAAAUGGAAAAUGAAUAUCAGCUUCGACUGAAAGACAUGACUUACAAUGAAAAGAUGAAAGAGCUGACUGAGAAGUUCAUCCAGGAGAUGGAAUCCUUGAAGACGAAGAAUCAGGUCCUAAAAACUGACAAAGACAGAGAGGAAGCAAAACAUGAAGAAGACAUGGCAGAGCUAAUGGAAAUGCAUGCCAAAGAAUUACAAGAUCUUGAAUCUGCAAACAACCAAAAGUUGAUGUUAGAAUAUGAGAAGUUUCAAGAACAACAGGCAAAAACAUUGAAAAUACAGGAAGAUUACGAAAAACAACUAGCAGAGAUGGAAGAAAGCAAGGAGAAGGCACUAGAGGAACUGACUGUAUAUUAUGAGACUAAAUUACAGGAAAUGAAAGUGAAACUGGAGCAGAGAAAGCUGAGAGAAGAGAAAGAGGCAAACUUGAGACUCAGAGGAGAGACAGGGAUCAUGAGGAAGAAAUUCACAACCCUGCAGAAAGAGAUUGAUGACCAUAAAGAUGAAAUUAAGAAGCUGCAGGCGGAAAGCUCUAAACUGAAUAAUGUCAUCCGUAGCUUAGAAAAAGACAUCCAGGGACUCAAGAAAGAAAUACAAGAGAGAGAUGAUACCAUUCAGGACAAGGAAAAACGUAUCUAUGAUUUGAAAAAGAAAAAUCAAGAACUGGAAAAGUUCAAGUUUGUGCUAGACUACAAGAUCAAAGAACUCAAGAAACAGAUUGAACCAAGAGAAAUGGACAUUAAAAAUAUGAAAGAGCAGAUUCAGGAG